AUGAAAGUCAGCCUAACAGUAAAGUGGGAAAGUGGAACUUUACUUGGCAAGUGGUCGCGUAAGAUAGAGUUUCUCCGAACCCGAUGCGAAAAUCGGAUUAGCGGUGUAGUGCUGGAUAAGUGA